UGGACUCUGUGCGCUCGGGGCCCUUCGGGCAGAUCUUCAGGCCAGACAACUUCAUUUUUGUGACCACUGAUGACCGUAUACCUGGCCAUCGAGUGACUGGCUGUACUGUCUUACAGGUCAGAGUGGGGCCGGAAACAACUGGGCCAGGGGGCACUACACAGAAGGCGCAGAGCUGAUGGAGUCAGUGAUGGACGUUGUCAGAAAGGAGGCUGAGAGCUGUGACUGCCUGCAGGGUUUCCAGCUGACCCACUCCCUGGGUGGGGGGACGGGGUCUGGGAUGGGUACCCUUCUGCUCAGUAAGAUCCGGGAGGAGUACCCAGACAGGAUCAUAAACACAUUCAGCAUCCUGCCCUCCCCCAAGGUGUCAGACACGGUGGUGGAGCCCUACAAUGCCACCCUCUCGGUCCACCAGCUCAUAGAAAAUGCAGACGAGACCUUCUGUAUAGACAACGAAGCGUUAUACGACAUCUGUUCCAGGACCCUGAAACUGCCCACGCCCACCUACGGUGACCUGAACCACCUGGUGUCUGCCACCAUGAGCGGGGUCACCACGUGCCUGCGCUUCCCAGGCCAGCUGAAUGCUGACCUGCGGAAGCUGGCCGUGAACAUGGUCCCGUUUCCCCGGCUGCAUUUCUUCAUGCCCGGCUUUGCCCCCCUGACCAGCCGGGGCAGCCAGCAGUACCGGGCCCUGACGGUGGCUGAGCUUACGCAGCAGAUGUUUGACGCCAGGAAUAUGAUGGCCGCGUGUGACCCUCGUCAUGGCCGCUACCUAACGGCGGCUGCCAUUUUCAGGGGUCGCAUGCCCAUGAGGGAGGUGGAUGAACAAAUGUUCAACAUUCAAAAUAAGAACAGCAGCUACUUCGCUGACUGGCUCCCCCACAACGUCAAAACAGCCGUCUGUGACAUCCCGCCCCGGGGGCUAAAAAUGUCAGCCACCUUCAUUGGGAACAACACAGCCAUCCAGGAGCUCUUCAAGCGUGUCUCAGAGCAGUUUACAGCAAUGUUCCGGCGCAAGGCCUUCCUCCAUUGGUAUACGGGCGAGGGGAUGGAUGAGAUGGAAUUUACCGAGGCGGAGAGCAACAUGAACGACCUAGUUUCUGAGUAUCAACAGUAUCAGGAUGCCACAGCCGAGGAGGAGGAGUUUGAGGAAUAUGCUGAGGAGGAGGAGGAGGAGGAGGCCUAGAACUUUCCUUUUCUAGGUAAAGGAGGGAAGUAGUGUGGAUUCUUUACUGUGUUCUGACUGCCAUGUGUCACUACGCACUUGUUUGUGUCUUCACCUCUCCUCCUGCAUUUUAAAGCAUUUUUAUAGUAUACGAUUUUGCCGAAUAAAGUAUUCU